UAAACAGAUAGUUCGACACGAUCAUCUUCAAGAUGAUAAAAGAUAUCCACUUUGUCUUGGUCGAGACCCUUAUCAAGAUCAAUAGAUCGUAGUUACUAUGGGGUACAUCUAUGCCUUGUCUGUCCCCUAAGGAGGAUGAACUUACACACGCACCAUGAUCAAGACUUUUUUUUCGCGCCUCGCCCGGACUUUCCGGAAGUUGAACGGACCCUCCAGGGCUUGCCUGCCCCAUCCGUCUUUUCUCCAACAGACCCUGACCUACCCUCAUACAACUAUCAGGCCAUACGCACAUACUUACAUACAAAGAAUUAUAAGAAACAAGGGACCAUAUAUAUAUGGAAGUUAAUAAUAGAACCGUCCUUAAUACAACAAAAACACAAAGCUCACACGAAAAUAGAACGAAGAAAAAAAAGAAAAAAAGAACCCUUAAUUUCCCCCAACCAAACCACACCAAACCAAGCCUACCAGCCAAUUUUACUUUCCCUUACCCAAUGGAAGAAAGGUAUGGAUUCAGACGGUAGGUACCUUGCCCCAAGCCAAGAAAAGCUUUCGAACCGAAUGAGAGAGAGAGAGAGAGAGAGAGGGAAAGUGGGAAAGCAUAUUCAGGGUCCAACUAAAUUCUCCAACUUACCCAAAAAACCCACACCCACCCACACCCCUUUUUACUUUCCUAGUUAGUAAGUUACCUCUCACUCUCUCCACUUGAGAAACCCACAAUUUCAACCCGUCUUAGACUAGCCUAGACCCCGACGACCCCCAAACAGGUUACGCUAGAUCAAAUGAAUCCAGGGGGGCCUUUUU